AUGAAAUUUGAUCAAACUCUUAAAAAUAAAUUGCAGAGCAUUGACAUUUAUGCUGUUUACAUUAAAGUACGUCCACUUUGUUAUUUCGAUCCAUUUUACACGUCAUUCUCAAUAUUUCCCAUUGAUGAACCCCAGAUAACAAAUUUACUCAAAGAAACGAAUCAAGCCACGGAGAUUACUCAGAGCUCUUACUUACUUCGGCAACAACCUAUAGUAAUCUUCAAAUACUUUGGCGAAUUUGUAGAAAAAUAUUUGGUUUAA